CUUUUUAAAAACGAAAAGAAGCAAUCAUGUCUGGACGUGGCAAAGGAGGCAAGGGGCUCGGUAAAGGAGGUGCAAAACGUCACCGUAAGGUGUUGAGAGAUAACAUCCAAGGUAUUACUAAGCCUGCUAUCCGACGUCUGGCUCGUCGAGGUGGUGUAAAGCGUAUAUCUGGUUUGAUAUAUGAAGAGACUCGGGGUGUGCUCAAGGUUUUCCUAGAGAAUGUUAUCCGGGACGCCGUCACAUACACGGAGCACGCUAAGAGGAAAACCGUGACUGCCAUGGACGUGGUGUAUGCCUUGAAAAGACAAGGCCGUACACUAUAUGGCUUCGGUGGUUAAGCUGUCAAUGAGAUUGUUCAUCUAAAAAGGCUC